AAGACGACGAAGACGACGACGACGUCCGUUCUCUCCGUUUGUCUUCCAGAGGCCAAUUAGUCCAAUUCCCUCCUCCCCCCAUAGACAGCAACCGCCCUAGAGAUAACUCGGGAUCCUUGAACCCCCCGUUCCCCAUCGAGACGCAAAAGUCACGGAGACUCAGUAUGAGCCAUUCGGAUUCUCCGCCUCAAGUUGCUGAUUUUGAUCGCAACCCAUCGCCUGCAGAAGAGAGCGACAUGUCUCAUUCAACUCCCAACACGGAGUUCUCUCCGCCAUGCAGCCCUCAGCAGAAAUACCAGCAAGUCAUGAAGGAUACGAGGCUUACGGCAAGGAAAAAGCUCGCCCAGCUCACGCUGGAAGAGAAAGUCUCGUUGCUCACUGCUGCGGACUUUUGGAGGACGCGAGCCAUCCCAUCUAAGAACGUUCCUUCCAUAAAGACUUCGGAUGGUCCCAAUGGUGCUCGCGGUGGCAUCUUCGUCGGCGGUACCAAGGCGGCGCUAUUCCCUUGCGGCGUCUCUUUGGCGGCAACCUGGAACAAGAAGUUGCUGUAUGAAGUCGGCCAGCACCUUGCCCAAGAAACGAAAGCGAGAUCAGCCAAUCUACUUCUGGCACCGACCGUCUGCAUGCACCGUCACCCUCUCGGAGGAAGGAAUUUCGAGUCCUUCUCCGAGGACCCUCUCCUGACCGGAAAGCUGGCUGCCCAGUAUAUUCGGGGUCUUCAGGAGAACGGCGUAGCUGCCGCCAUCAAGCACUUUGCCGGCAAUGAGCAGGAGACGAACCGGCUCACCAUCGACUCGCUUAUCCAGGAACGGCCGCUACGAGAGAUCUACCUCCGCCCCUUUGAGAUUGCUGUUCGGGAGGCCAAUCCCUGGGCUCUCAUGACGUCGUACAAUCUCAUCAACGGCGUCCAUGCCGACAUGAACCAGCUCACGCUUAGGACGAUUCUCCGAGGAGAAUGGCGCUACGAUGGCACGGUUAUUUCGGAUUGGGGCGGCAUCAAUUCCACCAUCGAGUCCAUCGUCACUGGGUGCGACAUCGAAUUCCCCUACUCACCCAAGUGGCGGUUCGAGAAAGUCGUCGAGGCCCUGAAAGAGGGGAAGAUCACCGAGGAAAGCAUCGACCAAGCCGCCGAGAACGUCCUGACACUGGUGGAGCGUCUCAAGGGUGACGACAUGUCCCCGGAACAGCCCGAGCGGGAGGACAACCGGGAGGAGACGAGGGCCCUCAUCCGGGAGGCCGGCGUGGAAGGCCUGACCCUUCUGAAGAACGAGGGGGCCGUCCUCCCCCUGGACCGCAAGACCAAGGUCGCCGUGAUCGGACCCAACGCGAACCGAGCGAUCGCCGGCGGCGGCGGCAGUGCCAGUCUCAACCCGUACUACAACACGAUUCCCCUCGACAGCAUCCGGGCCGCGUCCGACGCCGAGGUGAGCUUCGCGCAAGGGUGCCACAUCCACAAGUGGCUCCCCGUCGCGUCCCGCUACUGCACCGAGAAGUCGGGCAAGCCGGGCGUCAGCAUCGACUGGUACAAGGGGGACAAGUUCCAGGGCGAACCGGUGGUCGUGCAGAGGAGGACGAACACGGACCUCUUCCUCUGGGACUCGGCGCCUCUGAGCGAGGUCGGGCUCGAGUGGUCGGCGACCGCGACCACGUACCUCACGCCCACGAGCAGCGGCAAGCACACCAUCAGCUUCAUGAGCGUCGGGCCGGGCAAGCUCUACGUGAACGGCAAGCUGGCGCUGGACCUCUGGGACUGGACCGAGGAGGGCGAGGCCAUGUUCGACGGCUCGAUCGACCAGCUCAUCGACGUCGAGAUGGAGGCCGGCAAGCCGGUCGAGCUCCGAGUCGAGAUGACCAACGAGCUCCGGCCCGUCGCCAAGCAGAAGCAGUUCGGCAUCACGCACAAGUACGGCGGCUGCCGCAUCGGCUUCAAGGAGGAGGACCAGGUCGACUUUUUGGAGGAGGCCGUCGAGACGGCCAGGGCCGCCGACGUGGCUGUCGUCAUUGUCGGACUGGACGCCGAGUGGGAAUCCGAGGGGUACGAUAGGCAGACGAUGGACCUGCCGUCCGACGGCAGCCAGGACAGGCUGAUCGAAGCUGUCGUGAGGGCCAACCCGCGCACCGUGGUGAUCAACCAGUCGGGUACGCCCGUCACCAUGCCCUGGGCAGACCGUGUCCCUGCGAUCAUUCAGGGCUGGUACCAGGGCCAGGAGGCGGGAAAUGCGUUGGCCGAUGUUCUGUUUGGCUUGAAGAACCCGAGCGGAAAGCUUCCCUCGACAUUCCCGAAGCGCAUCGAGGACACGCCGGCCUACAACAACUGGGGCGGCGAGAACCUAAAGGUCAACUACGGCGAGGGCGUGUACAUCGGCUACCGCUACUUCGAGCGCGUCCACAUCGAACCGCUCUUCCCCUUCGGGCACGGCCUCUCGUACACGAGCUUCGAGUACGGCCGGCCGUCGAUCGACAAGAAGCAGCUGACCGCCGAGGGCACGAUCGAGCUCAUCUUCGCCGUCAGCAACAUCGGGCCGGUGGCGGGUUCGGAGACGGCGCAGAUCUACGUCCGGGACGACAAGUCCAGGCUGGCCCGGCCGGAAAAGGAGCUCGUGGCGUUCGAGAAGGUCUACCUCGAGCCUGGCGAGACGGUCCACCUGCGCGUCAGCCUCGACAAGUAUGCGGUUGGGUACUACGACACGGCGCUAUCCAGCUGGAUUGCCGAGGAAGGAACCUUUAGGGUCAUGAUCGGUGCUUCUUCUGCCGAUAUCAAACACAGCAUCCCCUUUGAGGUUAAGGAGUCCUUUACAUGGGUCUUCUAAACCAGCCAUCUUCUCCUGUCUAUUUUACCUCUCUCUCUCUCUCUCUCUCUCUCUCUUCCUCGUAUAUACCACGC